AUGAACAACGUACUCUGCAGUUUCUCACCCUUUAUAAAUAGAAAUUCUAACAUUCAAACUGAAAACAUUGAGUUUAAGAUGAGGCUAUUACAUUUUGAACCUUUAAAUAUAAAUACUUAACCAAUUAAGCAAACAAGAAUAAAAAUAGAAAGAAAACUAUCUCCUAUUUCAAAUUAGAAUUAUACUGCUCUAUUCUUAAAUAAAAUUAAAGUCUAAAAAAUGGCAAUACAAAAAGCCAAGCUUUCCUCAAGUAUAGAUUAUAAAGCAAUGCCAUAAUUAUAAGUUAAUGAUUAUACAUAAUUUCUCUAACCAACUACUCUUGUUUUGCCUUCCACUUAAAGAAGCAAUAAAAAAUAUUUUAGUUAAUCAAAACCAUAGAAAUGCAAAGAUAAUUCAUUAAUUGAAUCUGAAAAAAAGGCUCAAUUUAAAAUUCCCUUUCGUUUACCAAAAAUUGAAAAGUGUAUCGAAAUGAAUGAAUCAAGAAGCUCUCUUAAUCGUUGGACUAUGAAUAGCUCUUCCAGUCUUUUAUAAGCUCAUAAAUGA